AUGGAAAAAAGGAAUAAUGUAACUGAGUUCAUUUUCUGGGGUCUUUCUCAGAACCUAGAGGUUGAAGAAGUUUGUUUCGUGGUGUUUUCUUUCUUCUAUACGGUCAUUCUUCUUGGCAACCUCCUCAUCAUGCUGACUGUUUACAUGGGCAACCUUUUCAAGUUUCCCAUGUAUUUCUUCCUCAACUACUUGUCUUUUGUGGAUAUUUGUUACUCUUCAGUCACAGCUCCCAAGAUGAUUGUUGAUCUAUUAGCCAAGAGCAAAACUAUUUCCUAUGUCGGGUGCAUGUUGCAACUCUUUGGAGUACAUUUCUUUGGUUGCACAGAGAUCUUCAUCCUUACUGUAAUGGCCUAUGAUCGUUACGUGGCUAUCUGUAAACCCCUACACUAUACCACCAUCAUGGACCGGAACAGAUGCAAUAAAAUGUUGUUGGGAACCUGGAUAGGAGGGUUCUUACACUCCAUUAUCCAGGUGGCUCUGGUAGUUCAGUUACCCUUUUGUGGACCCAGUGAGAUCGAUCACUACUUUUGUGAUGUCCACCCUGUGUUGAAACUUGCCUGCACAGAUACAUAUAUUGUUGGUGUUGUGGUGACAGCCAACAGUGGUACCAUUGCUCUAGGGAGCUUUGUUAUCUUGAUAAUUUCCUAUACUGUCAUCCUGGUGUCCCUGAGAAAACACUCAGCAGAAGGUAGGCGCAAAGCACUCUCCACCUGUGGCUCCCACAUUGCUGUGGUCAUAAUCUUUUUUGGCCCAUGUACUUUCAUGUACAUGCGCCCUGAUACUACCUUUUCAGAGGAUAAGAUGGUAGCUGUAUUUUACACCAUUAUCACCCCCAUGUUAAAUCCUCUGAUCUAUACACUCAGAAAUGCAGAAAUAAAAAAUACAAUAAAAAGACUGUGGGGCAGGAAGGUUUUCUCAGAGGCUAACGAUAAAUAG